GCGCCAGCGCGUGCGCGUGCUCACUCCAAACCCAAACAAAGACGUAAAAGCGUUCUCAUAUUCUACUUCCGGUGGUUUUCGCCCCGCGCGGUUCCGCUUGUAAAGAUGCCGAAGUUUUAUUGUGAUUAUUGUGACACAUACCUGACACACGAUUCGCCAUCAGUCAGAAAGACACACUGCAGCGGACGAAAACAUAAAGAAAAUGUGAAAGAUUAUUAUCAGAAAUGGAUGGAGGAGCAGGCUCAGAAUCUCAUCGACAAAACAACGGCCGCUUUCCAGCAGGGUAAAAUUCCACCCACCCCAUUCCCAGGAGCCCCUCCACCUGGCGGAUCUCUGCUACCGCAUCCAAAUAUUAGUGGACCUCCGAGACCGGGCAUGUUACCAGCUCCACCCAUGGGUGGUCCUCCUAUGAUCCCAAUGAUGGGUCCCCCUCCUCAUGGUAUGAUGCCUGGAGGUCCAGGUCCAGGUAUGCGACCACCAAUGGGUGGACCUAUGCAAAUGAUGCCCGGGCCACACAUGAUGCGACCUCCCACUCGGCCAAUGAUGCCAGCCAUUAGACCCGGUAUGGUCCGACCUGAUCGAUAAAGCUACGGUGCCACGUUUAUUAUCCCGAUAUCCACAGAAGACUCGGCCAACUAUCUAAACUGGUUUUACAGUCGAUCUAAGAGUUUUAUUGCCCAUUUGCGUUUUAUGAUGACUAAUUUCUGCAGUUCAGAAAACAUUGGUUUCGCUCGAGUGACUCGGUUUACCACAAAUUCCUGUAAAAUCUGAUGAACCUUCCAUUGGCUUUCAUUUCAUAUAUAUGACAGACCAGAGGGUGUUGUGUAAUGGGUUUGUGUAUGAUGUGCAGUUAUUACGUUGAUGGAUGUUUUGAUUAUUUACUGUUAGGAUGAUUUUCAGCUUUUUGUUUUUUUAUCUAUUUUGAGAAAAUAAAAUUAAAAACUUUA